UAUGAAUUGGAUAAUUCUCUUAUUAAAUAGAAUAUACCAUACACCUUUAUUACUAUCCAUUUAUAGAGUAGUUAAGUGUAUUGUGCGCUUAUCCACAGGCACAACAGAACUCUAUCGUCUAUGUAACGCUACUAUCAUAACACAACAACAGCUUGAAAACGAAGGCACAGACGAAAAACUCGACGUACAAGAUAUACGCGUGCCAAGCAAUAUUAUCUGCCGCAUUGAUCAGUCUAUUUAUUAUUCCAAGCAACUUCAACAGGAGAAAUAUCAGCUUGGAAUUACUGAUUGUUCUGUGGAGAGCAUUUUAGAGAGAAUAGUGUACAAGAAAGCGUUUCCUUCAACAAGAGUACCAGCUGCUUAUGUACUCAAAUACAGUUUAAUUCAGAUCUACCAAUCGAAUCAAGUCUUGAGUACUGUAGAACAGCAUGUCCGAACAAGAUAUGAUCCAGACAACAAAGCCCAUGAGGCACAACUACUUUUGUUGUGGUCAAAGAUGAAACCUGAUACUCCAGUCGAAAGAAAAUCUAAACAAUGGGUAGAGAUUGGUUUUCAGGGCAGUGAUCCAGCCACGGAUUUUAGAGGCAUGGGCAUCCAAGGUUUGAAUGACCUUGUUUAUUUUGUAGAACACUAUCCGACACAUGCACACUCUGUACUACAACAUGCUUCACACCCUACUUACUGGUACCCUUAUGCUAUUGUGGGUAUCAAUAUCACUAAAUUCGCUUAUCAAUUACUGGAGUCUAAACAGCUACAAUCGUACCUUUAUCAAUACGGUACCACGUUGGAUAUAUUUCAAGAGUUUUAUUGUUACUUGUUUUACCACUUCAAUCAAUUCUGGAUAUCACAUGAACCAAAACCGACAGUCAUGGAUUUUGAAGCCAAAUUCAUUGAAUUCAAGGCACAUAUUACGAAGGAUUUGAUGCAGAAAAAAGUCAUGCCUUUUGCUAGUUUUAUUCAUAAUUAAAAUGUUGAUGUAUAAUACAAGUGUAUUUUUUUUAGGAGAGAGAGAGAGAAAGAAAAAAAAAGAGGUCUUAAGAAUAUGUCGAGUAAAUAAAUGGGUUCAUAAAUUGUGAAUAUAUAUAUAUAUAUAUAUAUAAUAGUAAAGGUAAAUGCAGAAUGAUCAUAAUGCAAGCUUAAAUGUUAGUAAUAAUUGUUGGACAUCACAUCACUUGAGUUUGCA